CUCCGGUUGGUGGAAAGGAUCAGAUGUCACCAGCUGUGAGGGGCUGGUAUAAAGGACAGAGCUGCCAGCUCUUAGCCAGAAUAGAUAUCAGCAUUUGACAAAUAACAGCACACACUGAGGAUAAGCUCGCAGCCUGCCUUUUAUUUUGGUAACCUUCUGAAACGGACAGACGGAGUGAAGCUUUUAGUUUUCUAUUGUGAAAACUAGCAAACUUUCUGUUCUAAUUGAAGGCAGAGACUUUACCAAAAUGGACGUUCAGAGGACAGGCUCUAUGGUGCGGCCCCCAAGCCCCAUGGAUAGCCUGGAGAAGCAGCUGAGCUGCCCCAUCUGCCUGGACAUGUUCACCAAACCUGUGGUCAUCCUGCCCUGCCAGCACAACUUGUGCCGUAGUUGCGCCAGUGACCUGUACGACUCACGCAACCCAUACCGCUUCUCCGGCGGUGUCUUUCGCUGUCCUACCUGCCGUUUUGAGGUUGUGCUUGACCGCCAUGGUGUGCAUGGGCUCCAGCGUAACCUGUUGGUAGAAAACAUCAUUGACCUCUAUAAGCAGCAGCAAGAAGGCAGCGGCAGUGGAGGCACAGAAACCACCCUGAAACCAAAAGAAUCCAAAGAACCGAUGUGCCAAGAACACGAGGAUGAGAAAAUCAACAUCUACUGCGUGACUUGCCAGACACCCACCUGCUCCAUGUGCAAAGUGUUUGGCCAGCAUAAGGACUGCGAGGUGGCACCUUUAGCAAGUGUUUACCAGGCCCAGAAGGGUGAACUGAGUAACGCCAUCGAUACCCUGGUGGCCAGCAAUGGCCGCCUGCAGGCCCUGCUCAACCAGAUGGAAGACGCCUGCCGUGCUGUGCAGGACAAUGCUCAGCGUGCCAAACAAGGGCUAGCUGAACGCUUUGACCUGCUAUAUGCUGUCCUGGAAGAGCGCAAGACCGUUCUCUUAGAGCAGAUUGGUAAAGAGCAAGACGAAAAGGUGGCGGCUCUGCGGGCUCUGGCGCAACGUUACGGCGAACGAUUGCAGAGUAGUACCGAGCUCACAGACACGGCUGUGAGGGCGCUGGAGCAGGGCGGCGCUGCUGAGUUUCUCUUGGCCUCCAAGGGCCUCAUCACGAAGACCAAAGAUGCAGCUAAAUGCUCGCUGGGGGAAGAGAGGCCAGAGCCUGGCUUCGAGAAGAUGGACCACUUCACUUUGUCGACAGAGCAUGUUGAGGCAGUCCUGGCAAAAAUGGACUUUGGAGUGGGUGAUGAUGAUGAAUUUGAGGAUGCAGAGGAGGAGGAGGAGGAAUAAUGAAAACUGAAGUAGUUAUGGACUUGUAGGAAAUAAUGAAAUAUGUGCGUUUGAAGGGUGAAGUGUUUAUGGCAGGGACUGCCGUUGAGGUUGAAAGAAUUGUAAAGUUACGGUGGAUUUGGGCUAAAAUGGCUUGCCCUUACUUUCAGUGCAAUAUUUAAUUUCAGUGUCAUACCUUUUCUUAACUUCUUUUUAUACUUUUUUACUUUUAAGCCAGUGAAAUGGAGAAACUGAUCUAGAUAAAUGAAAAUGUAGAACAUCUGAAGAUUGAUGACACAUUGUUUUCCUCAUAUGUAGCUCAUGGAAGUAGUUCUUUGUGUUUUUCCUCACUUUGUCGACGUUUGUGUUGAAUUGGUGAUCAGCUGUUCUGCCUGUAUUCACCAAAUCUGUCUUUACUGGAAUGUGGAAUAAAGCUGCAUGGAGUUAAA